AUGGAUGCAACAGUCGCUGCUGCAUCAGUAGCAGCCGUAACCAGUGUCGCAGCAUACCUCAAUGCCAAAUAUCACAUUGCGCAGGACAUUGACGCAAUAAGGUCCAGAAGCAAAGUUCAGAAGUACUAUAGCCAGCUCGUGAAAAAUAGACGCGAAUGUCCUUGGUACGGAUUCGCGCCACAAGUCUCGAAACACCGCAACAGCCUAUGCAUCUGGACCCGCGAAAAGUCCUACACAUGGCAACAAAUCCACGAUCGCUCCGUCCAAUGGGCAAACUUCUUCCUCGACCAAGGUGUGAAAUCUGGCGACCUAGUUGCUACCUGCCUCAUGAAUUCCGCAGAUUUCAUGGCGAUUUGGCUCGGCCUGUUCUGCAUUGGUUGUGCACCGGCACAUCUAAACUACAAUUUGAAGGGAGACGGGCUGGUACAUUGCUUGAAAGUUGCCGGGGCAAAAUUUCUUCUUGUCGAUCAAGAAGAGGGCUGCAUGGAGAGAUUUGAGAGUGUCAAAGAAAAAGUAGAGGAGAUGGGCGUUGCCGCAUUCAGAGUGGAUGGAGAAUUGCUGAAAACUGUUUAUGCGGGAAGUAUCAAAGUCCCUGGGGACGAAUAUAGGGAGAAUGUCGUUGGAAAUGACCCUAUGUGUCUAUUGUACACAUCAGGAACAACAGGGCUGCCUAAGGCAGGCAAGUACACUGUUAGUCGGUUCCAUGACCGAGGGAGCCCGGACGAGCUCCCUUUUAAUCAGAAAGCUGGACCAGACGGGGACCGGUGGUACGUCUGCAUGCCUCUAUUCCAUGGCACCGGCGGCAUUUCUGCCAUGAGCUCGUUGACUUCGGGAGUUAGUCUCGCUAUAGGUCGUAAAUUCUCCGUUAGUACAUUUUGGGACGAUAUCCACGAUUCACAGGCCACAAUAUUCGUCUACGUUGGCGAGACAGCACGAUACCUACUUAUGGCUCCACCCCAUCCUAAGGAACGGGAUCACCGGCUGCGCGGAAUGUUUGGAAAUGGCCUGCGACCCGACGUCUGGGAUCGAUUCAAGGAGCGCUUCAACGUACCCGAAGUCAUUGAAUUCUUCAAUUCUACAGAGGGAGUACUGGUUAUGGCCAUCCAUAGCAGAGGCCCUUUCACAGCAGCGACGAUCGGUCACACCGGAGCUAUCCUUCGACAAGCUCUCAAAAACAUAUGGGUGCCUGUAGCUAUUGACCCGGAAACCGGCGAUAUGAUACGCGACCCUAGAACUGGUUUCGCCAAGCGCAACUCGUACAAGGAAGGUGGGGAGAUCAUCGUUGCUGUACCCGACGAGAAAGCAUUUGCUGGAUACCACAACAAUCCUCAAGCAACCGCUAAGAAGUUUGCAAAAGAUGUGUUCAAGAAGGGAGACUUGUACUAUCGAUCUGGGGAUUCGUUGAGACGGGAUGAUGAUGGGCGUUGGUACUUUCACGAUCGCCUUGGAGAUACGUUCCGAUGGAAGUCGGAAAACGUUUCCACCGCCGAGGUAGCAGAAGCUUUGGGUAAGUAUCCAGGUGUCGAUGAAGCUAUCGUCUACGGCACGCUUGUCCCGCGCCAUGACGGCCGCGCUGGCUGCGUAGCCCUACGCCUCCGCGAUGGCACCAACCCAGAGAGCUUCGACUGGAAAGCGCUACUACAAUACGCGCGAAGUAAGCUGCCGAGAUAUGCGGUGCCAGUCUUCGUGCGCUUGGUGCGGGAGGGCAGCAAUACGGAUAAUCAGAAGCAAAACAAGGCACCGUUGCGAGAAGAAGGCAUCGAGUUGGACAAGUAUGGAAGCAAGGUUGCGGGUGGUAAUGAUGAUGUUGUCAUGUGGUCCAAGCCGGGCCAAGACAGAUAUGUGAGAUUUACAAUAGAGGAUCUAGAGGCGCUGAGGGCCGGAAAGACCUUACUAUAG